GUAAAGACCCAUUGGUGGUAGCUAGCAAAAGUGGUUAACAGUUAACUCAGGCAGUUUACCUUCCCAAAAAGUAUACUUAACUGGGUGUGUCUCCCAUAGACACCAAUGCAAUAGCAGCUGGGUCUGACUUCCAUGGAAACAGGAAAAAAAGCAGCGAGUCGCUUCCUCUUCCGUCUCUGGUAGCUUGCUAUUGUAUUGUCUUUUCCGACUGAACAUUAUCUUUAGAAACAUAACAGUAGUCACAUAAAAUGUUGUUCCAGGAGAAUAUAACCAAUUGUGUUACCUUUCAGACCAAAUUAACCUCGGUUAUGGAUGUGUUAGCCAAAGCUGCGGUGGCAGAAAUAAGUAAAAUGUUCGAUGAUGGUUUUACUGUUUUACGCUUGGAAAUGUGUCGAAGAGAAAAUGAAAUCGAAGCGUUAAAAAGAAAAUUAUUGUUUAUGGAGAACGAACGGCAAAGGACGACGUCCAAAGCGCGAGAAGCAUAUUCCACAUGCUCUUUGUUUUCCAGCAGAACAGAGCAGGGGUCCAAGGGGUCUGAUAAGGAUGCUGGUGAAAGGACUUCAUUUGAGCAGACCGCGAGAGACAAAGUGUUCACACCUAAAGAUGACCAACUGGAUCAAAAUAGACCACCGCCACCUAAAGAAUCAGUAGAGGGUCUUAAUGAACAGUACAGGUCUGGCCACCAAGAGGAGAAGGGUAGUGGACUAGAAUUAGUGGUGAAGACCGAGCAAGAGGAGGAGUAUGACGUUAUUUCACUACAUACAUCAGGAAGUGAACAUGGUACAGAGAGAUCAGAUCAUCAGGAAACGGAGUUUGCCAUGGAUGACCGAGAGAGUCAUCUGUGGGCGUCUGUAUCAGAGAUCAACUGUGACUCUGAGGGUCCAGAUUGCGCAUAUGGUACGGAACAAUAUACACAGGAUCUCAAUACAGACAUACAGCUUAUUCAAAGUGCAGUGCAGGGUCUGGAUAGCGAUCCAUCAUCAGAGAUGGGGUACAUAAACAGACUAAUGAAAGAAGAGAUGCGAGCACAGUCUGUUUGGAAUGACCGAAGUAGGACCUCUACAGAUUUGGUUCAGGCACAACCAGGUCAGCACAGAGAGCAAACUAUGCACCCAGAGAGAAGGGAGGAUGGAACUACUACCAGACUGCCAUCAGACAAACAAACGCGAGCCAAUGAGAGUGGAGCAUAUUCCAACGUUUGGCUAAACAAUGUAUUCUCGUUUGCCCCAAAUGGUUUCAACUCAGCAAAAGUAGCCCCACAGGGAACCCCAGCAGGAGAGAAGCGGUUUGUUUGCACCUUUUGCGGAAAGAGCUUUGACUGGGUCAGCCACUUGGAGAUGCAUCAACGGAUUCAUACGGGAGAGAAACCGUACAACUGUGUGACGUGUGGGAGGUGUUUUGCUCAGCAGAGUAAUCUCCGCACACACCAGCGAGUACACAGGGGUCUCAGAGCAAAGCAAACGGUCUACUGAUGGUCAUCACCAUGACGAGACAAUUAAGAACAUUCUAGAGAAACCAGCUGGGGCACGCCCCACACAUUAUGAAACAACCUCAUUAACCACGUUUCCAUCCAGUUUUUAUGCGAGUAAAGUCAUACCAUAUUAAAACAAAGUCACGGCUGUGAUGUUUCAGUGCAAUUUCAUAAAUUCUGACAGAUCAUUUGUUUGUUCUACCUUUUUGUGUCUGUAAAAUGUAUUAUGUGAGAAAUGACAGUGGAAACACCUUUAUGUGCAAAUAUUAAUAUAAUAACCAUACCAAAGUAAACUUGGAGUCACAAUUAUAUUGUGGGUGGUCCUCCCAUACGACUUGGGAAACCAUGCAGUUUAUUAGGCUACAGAUUAAGUUAUAAACUUCACAGCCCAAUAGGCAAAAACUGGUUGCAUCAUUGUUUCCAUGUUAUUUCAACAACAAAAAUGUAAUCUGAUGACGUUGAAUCAACAUGGAAAACUGAUUGGAUUUGCCAAAAGUCAGAACUGUAACGAAAUUGUAUUUUUCAUCCAACUUUUAACCUAAAUCUAAUGACAUGGUGACAUUUCACAGUAGUUGACAACCAAAUGUAAAUAUAAACUAGACGUUGAAAUUGUCUAUGCCCAGUGGGAAGGUGAUGAAAGUGCACGGUGAUCUUGAUGCUCCUUUCCAAUAAAUAUCGAGGGUCUUA